AUGGCUCCACGCACGAAGCGACAGCGUUUGACCGACCUGUCGGAUGAUCCCAGCGACUCGGAAAUCUACAAGCCCGUCACUCCCGUAGAACGGGAGACAUGGAACGGAUUUUGCGAAAUAGAAUCGGAGCCGGCUUUGUUCAAUGUGAUGCUGCGGGAGUUUGGCGUUCAGGGUGUAAAAGUUCAGGAGGUCAUCUCUUUGGACGAGGAAAUGAUGGCAUUUCUCAAUAAGCCAAUCUACGGAUUGAUCUUCCUUUUUCGCUGGCGAGAGGACGACGCCCACAAACAAGAGGCGAGCUGUCCCGACGGAAUUUGGUUCGCUAACCAGACUGCCAGCAAUGCCUGCGCCAGUGUGGCCUUGUUGAACAUUGUCAACAACAUCCCUGACAUUGACCUUGGGGAGCACCUGCGUCAUUUCAAAGCUUUCACAAUGCCGUUUACACCAGCGCUGCGAGGGGAUGCAAUCAACAACUUUGAGUUCGUGAAACGAGUUCACAACUCAUUUGCCCGAAAAAUGGACAUACUCAACUCUGAUCUCCAACUUCAAGUAGAAUCAAGGAGUCGCAAAAAGGCCUCGUCUAACCAAGACGGUGAUGAUGAUGACUCGUCUUUUCAUUUCAUUGCUUUUAUGCCCGCUCUGGGUCAGGUAUGGAAAUUUGAUGGCUUGGAACGACAGCCUGAGUCAAUCGGUCAAUGUUCUGAAGAUGACUGGCUCGAUGUAGUGCGGCCAAACUUGCUGGAUCGCAUGGCGGCCUACGAGGAGGACCAGAUCGAAUUCUCCAUCUUGGGUUUGGUUCGCGAUCCCUUACACGACCUUAUUCACGAACUUGCGAUGAAUGUGAAGGGUUUGGAGAUCAUCCAUGCACGUGUCCCACCUGAGAGCACAGGCACCGCUGCCUCCCCCUUCCUUGAAGGCACCAUUCUGGGUCCGGAGCCGUCUCUGGGGUUGACACGAACUGUCCUUGAUGCCAUAACUGUGCCGGAGAAGACCCGCGCUGAGUAUCAGGGUUGUGCUAAGAAUCAACUCGAUGCAAAGCGGCGGGCUCUGUGUGAGGCACAGAGAGAACUGCGCUCCCGCGUGCGGGAAGAGCAACAGUCACAGCGGGCAGAUGACGACUACGCAACCGGACGACGAUUCGACUAUGGGCCGGCAGUGCGGGCCUGGCUACAAUUUCUGGCGCGCAAACAGGCACUGCCAGACUUACUUGAAUGA